CGUUGGAGGGCAUCUUUAACCACAUGGGAAGGGAAAUUGCACUCUCUAAAGAAGGACGCCAUCUGGUGUGUUCUCCCUGCCUAGUGGAUGGUGGAGAAGGUUUGGGGAGUAGAGGGGUGAGCUACUGGCUGCAGGAUUCUUAGCCUCUCACUGGCUCUUGUAGCCACAGCAUUCAUAUGGCUGUUGCAGCUCACUUUCUGGUCAAUGGUUUCCCCAGCCAGGAUCUUGCUGCAAUAUGUGUGAGAAUAGGGAGGAGUUAGGCGAUGAUAAUGCAAUUGAGUAUCAACAGGAGAUUUUUGUACUCCCCUGUCUGUUUGCACCUAGUACACUUAAUGCGCAGUAUGAGCCGGUUAGAUGUUGCAAAGGAUUGAAUUCUAAGUCGUGGUCCCUGUUUGGAACAAGUCGACUAGAUAGAAACACAUCGAACUUCAAAAAAGUGGGACGAAAAUAUGAACAUUUGGCGAAUUUCAGUCCAUGGAUAAAAUUUAAUGCGUUCAUGUUUUAAAUACCGAAUGUGUGAAGAACCACACUCCGAGUUGAGUAUGACUGUUGCCACAUUCGGAUUGUGUUUUGAGGCAGGAAUUGCGAGCAGUGCGUCUUUAAGAAGCUGAUAUCUGAGCGAUUCCCGUGGAGAUGCUGGGCAGAUACAGUAAAAGCGCCCUUUGCUUUACCGUGUGCUGCGAUCAGAUGUGACUGACACCCAGUCAGUGAAGGGGGAGGGAGGGUUAAGGGGAAAAAGGAACUCUUUGAUUUUUUUUUCCCUGAGAUCAGCUCCAACCUGGACCGUGGCUCCAUCCAGCAGCGUCUCCUCACGGAAGCAGCGACAAGGGUCAGACCGACAGAGAGAGAGAGAGAGAGAUGGACCUGGACAGUUUGGAGGCCAGUAACGAGAGUGUGUCCCGGGUGAACCAGAGCCUAAUCGGGGUGGCUGGAGGACCAGAGGUGGUGAUCGUGCCGGUCGCCUUCAGUUUAAUCUUCGUCCUGGGCAUGGUGGGCAACAGCCUGGUGAUCGUGGUGCUGGGGCGGACCAAAUCCAGGAGGUCUCGGAGCACGACCAACACCUUCAUCCUGAACCUCAGUGUGGCUGACCUGUCCUUCCUGCUGUGCUGUGUGCCUUUCCAAGCCACCAUCUACUCCCUGCCCGAGUGGGUCUUCGGCGCUUUCCUCUGUAAGUCGGUGCACUACUCCUUCACGGUCUCCAUGCUGGUCAGCAUCUUCACGCUGGUCACCAUGUCGGUGGACCGCUACAUCGCGGUGGUACACGCCAAGCGGCCGCCGGCCAUCCGCAACAGGAGGAACGCCUCUCUGGCGGUGGCGGGGAUCUGGCUGCUGUCCUUAUUCAGCGCCGUCCCGGUCGCUCAGCACCAGAGCCUGGUCACUGGCUACCACCGCGCCCCCAACUGCUCCUUCUGCUGGGAAGUUUGGCACGACCGCACCCUCAAGCAGCUCUACAAGGUCACCAUCCUGGUCAUCGGCUACUUGCUGCCCUUGCUGCUCAUCUGCUGCUGCUACACCAAGGUUCUGUUUCACCUCCACAAGAAAGUGAAGAACAUGUCAAAGAAAUCAAAGCGAUCCAAGAAGACUGCCCAGACUGUGAUGCUGCUUGUUGCUGUGUUUCUUCUGUCUUGGCUGCCCCACCAUAUCAUAAACAUGUGGGUUGAAUUUGGGUAUUUUCCCCUGAACGAUGCAUCGUUCGCCUUCAGGAUCAUCUCUCACUGCAUGACGUAUGGGAACUCCUGCAUUAAUCCCAUAAUAUAUGCAUUCCUCUCGGAAAAUUUUCGGAAAGCCAGCCGCCAAGUCUUCAGUUGCAAAUUCCCUUUCCCACAACCCAUUGAGGAGAAAGUGGUCAGGAUUCGAAUGGAGAACUUUUCGACAACACCUUCAACAACGAAUGCUUGAAGCCAUUGCACUUUGUUCUGAGUAUUGUGACCAAGCGUGGAGGCCAUGCCUGUGCAGUCUGAAAUAGCACAUCUGGUGAGAACAAGCAGUCAAAAUACUGGAUCAAGAACUCAAAUGUUCAGAACAAUUGAUGAUGAUGUCAACAGAUGUCAGUAUUGUGUUGAUCCAGAAGGUUCAUGUCCCAAGGCAUGUUCAUGAUAUAUAAAUUAAAAAGGGGUAUCAAAUAGCCUCAUGGGUGGUUCCAGCACUAUCUGAAAAUCCAUUUGAAGCUCAGAAAUAGUUAAUAAAAGUUCUCACUUGUCUGCUUGGGGUUGAGUGAAUAUGGUGUUCAGUACCCCUGUAGUUUGAGGUAUGGAGAUAUGAUGAGAUAAAUUAAAUAACUGAAGAAAAUUCUAAUCAGUUAUAUAACGACUUUUUUUAGAAUGCUGGUGUAUUGACACCAAAAAUGAAGUUACACUGAAUACUGUUGUUUCUAUGACAAUUUUAGUGUUUAUCUUAUUUAAUAUUAAAAGUUUGGGUUGUUGCUUGUAAAUGUGGAUGACAACUCAAUCCAAUUAGCUCAAUUUGAAUCUAGUUGAAUUCCAGACUGGUUUCUAAAUUCAGUUUGUUUUGAUUUAAACGAGAUAUAGUUGACUUGAUUUAAUUUCAUCCAGUCAGACUUGAUCCUUUGUACAAGAAGCUUGACCGUCUAAGAAAGAAACUAGAGUUUCAUUCAUCAAUGUUGCCAUAGUUUCACCUG